AUGGUUGGUAUUGACGCAAAAAAUAAAAAUAUUCUUGAUACGAGUUAUAUUUGUUCCGUUUGUCCAUUGAUAUUACGAAAUCCAAUUCAAUUAGCAGGCUGUGGUCAUCGACAGUGUCAAUCAUGUCUUGAAUCUCAACAUGGAACAACAAUCAAAUGUCCACAAUGUUUAACAGUAACAUCACAAAACCAAAUUCAUCAUUGUAAUUUAUCAAAUCAUUAUUUGAGUGAACAACAUCUGAAUUCAUUAAUGAAAAUUUUUCAUCAAAUGAAAUUACAACUAGACAAUGUGAGAAAGGCAUCAACUCAAAUGAACAUUGAUCCUUCUCAAUCAACAACAGUUGUAGCUGCUGAUUCGAGUACAGUUCUUUUUCAAGAGUUAUGUGAAAUACUCGAUAUUUCAUCAGAUGAUUUAAACAUAUUGAAUAAUGAUGCACAAGAACGACUUAAUAAUGUAUUACUUCAAUGUCAAACAUUUCCAACAUUGACACUAAACUUUUUACAAUCUAAAUUGUCUAUACAAGAAAGCAAUAAUGACUCAAAUGGAUUCACCAUCAAUCACGAGAUUAUUAAAGAGAAUUUAACAUCAUGGAAGAAAACAAUUGAAAAUUCGCAAUAUAUAUCAUAUGACGGAACAUUUAUAUGGAAAAUUACAAAUGUUAAAAAACAAAUGGUUGAAGCAGAAUCUGGACGACAAAUAUCAAUUUAUUCGCCUCCAUUUUAUUCAUCUCUAAAUGGUUAUAAAAUGCGAGCUCGUCUUUAUUUAAAUGGUGAUGCAAAUGCUCGUCAUACACACAUGUCACUCUUUUUUGUGCUUAUGCGAGAUUUGAAUGAUCCAAUUCUUAAAUUUCCAUUCAACUAUAAAGUCACAUUUUGUUUAUACGAUCAAACGCCUGCACAACGACAUAUUAUCGAUUCAUUUCGACCAGACAUUAAAUCAGGUAGCUUUCAGCGACCUCAAUCGGAUAUGAAUAUAGUCAGUGGUAUACCGAAAUUUUUCCCGUUGGAAGUAAUUCAACAGGAGGGGAAUCCGUAUGUGCGAGGCGACACAAUGUUCAUCAAACUUAUGGUUGAUUUUAAUGAUAUACCGACAACAUUAUUGCCCUAUGCAAUGAGUCUUAAUCCAGGAUUACCAAUACAUGUUCAGCAAAUGAUGAUCGAGCAAGAAGUGAAACGAAGAUCGGAACAACAACCUUAA